AUGAACCGUAGAAAUGAUCAUGGCAAAAUCCGUUCAAGUAUCGACAAAGGCAAAGGCAAAAUGUUUGAUACAGAUGACAGUAACAACUUACAGAAUCAAUACCAACAUGUAGAUGAAUUCAGACAACGAAUCUCCAAUUUCUUGUACGAAAACAACAUCAACCCAAAUGUAGUAAAAAGUAGAAGUUUCCAAGAAUUGAUGAAUGUUGGUGGCAGAGGAUCUCUGUUACAGCCUCAUGUUCCUACUGUCAGUGACCUCAGAGGUGAAAUUCUGCAGGAAAAUUACCAGAAGUUGCAACUUAGAGUUGCAAACAUGAAGAAAUUCUGGGAGUUUACAGGAUGUAGUUUGAUCUUAGAUGUGUGGGUUAAUGAGAUGAUGAAGAAGACAUUUCUGAAUGUGCUUGUUAAUUGCCCAUUAGGGACAGUUUAUCUGCAAUCAAUUGAUGUUACAUUUGUUGUUAAUGAUGUUCAAGCAAUGGAGAAGGUUGUUGAGUGUUUGAUCUUUGAGGUGGAUGCUAAGAAUGUGUUGCAGGUUAUAUCAUGCUCCGCGUCACCAUGGCUAGAUGUGGUGAGGGAAAGGAUUAAGGAGAAGCAUCAAUGGAUGUUUUGGAAUAUUAGUGCUACCUAUUGCCUUGAAUUGAUGCUUGAGAAGGUGGCUUCGUCGAUAAAUUGGGUGAAAGAUACUAUAGAGAAAGCUAAGAGGGUUACAAGGGUUGUUCAUAGUGAUCCUUCUAUUUUGGACAUGUUAAAGGAGGCUAGUGUUCAUGAGACUGAGGACUAUUACCUUGUGAAGUCUGCAAGGAUAAAGGCAGCGACACCGUUUUUGACUCUGGAGAAUAUGUUGUUGAGGAGAAUUGAUCUAGAGACCAUGUUUACCUCUGUAGAAUGGAAGAAUUCGCGGAUAGGGUUAUCGUCUAAAGGGAGAAAUGUUGCUAACUUGGUGGUGAAGGAUAAGUCGUUCUGGGUAGGAGUUACAUUGGUUGCAAAAGCAGGCAUGCCUAUAGUAAACAUGUUGAGAUUGGUUAAUGACGGGAAUAAUGACGUGAAUAGGCCGCAUAUGGGGAUUCUAUACGAGACAAUGGACCAAAUGAAGGAAACGAUUAGGGAGGAAAUUGGGAGAAAGAAAGCGGAAGAUCUGUGGGUUGUUAUUGAUGAGAUCUGGAACUAUAUUUUGCAUUCCCCGGUUCAUGCAGCAGGAUACUAUCUCAACCCAAAGCUUUUUUAUGCCGAAGAUUUUGUAGAUGAUCCUGAAGUAUUAGGUGGGAUUAUGACCACUGUACGUAAACUUGGGGGUAGUCAAUACACCCAACAGUUGAUCAUUCAACAGUUGGAUCUAUAUCGAGUUGCCCGUGGCGAUUUCAGAAGAGGGAUGUCAGAAAGACACAUUUUUUCUCCAGUUGAAUGGUGGAAGCUGUUUGGAAGCAACUACCCAGAAUUACAAAGUUUAGCAGUAAGAAUCUUAGGGCUUACAUGCAAUGGUGCUUCAUCUUGUGAAUUAAGAAGAGAAGUUGCAGAGAAACAACUUUCAAUAAGAAAGACUCAUCCAUCACAUGAAGAACUCAUGCAGAAAUGUUUUGUGUGUUAUAACCUUAAUCUAAAGAAUCUCGAUGAUCUCAACUUCAAGUUUAACCUCGUGGCUCGUGAACUUGAUCCGUUGGAUGAUUGGGUUGUUGGUGAAUUUUAG